AUGAAGUUGACGUCGUGUGUCGCUGCCGGUGCCCUUGCUACCGUGGUCCUUGCCAAGGAGGCUCCUCCAGCCUCUACUGAGACCGUCUACUUUUAUGGAAGCACUGACACCCAUGUCUACGGUAGAUUUGACAAGACCGAGGCCGAGUCCUCUGAGAGCGAGACUGGUACUCACAGAUACGGUAGAUUCGAUAAGACUGAGGCUGAGUCUUCUCCAUCUGAGACCGGUACCCACGUCUACGGUAGAUUCGACAAGACUCAGGCCGAGUCCUCCGAGAGCGAGACCGGCACCCACAGAUACGGUAGAUUCGACAAGACUGAGGCCGAGUCUUCCCCAUCUGAGACCGGUACCCACAGAUACGGUAGAUUUGACAAGACUGAAGCUGAGUCUUCCCCAUCGGAGACUGGCACCCAUGUCUAUGGUAGAUUUGACAAGACCAGAGAGCCUGUGACCACCACCAUUUUCAUUACCGAUGCUCUUGAGUCUGUUGCCGCUGCCGCUGCCGCCAACGGUACUAACGGCUCCUCUUCCAGCUCUUCUAAGGCUGGUGCUGCUCGUAUCUCUGGCAUCACCUACGGUGCCGCUGGUGCCUUGGCUGUCGGUCUCUUCUUGUUGUAG